AAGCGGGAUGUGAACACCGGCCCCCAGUUCCAGAUGCCCACCUACCAAGUAUCCGUGCCGGAGAACAGACCAGCAGGCACACCUGUGAUCUUGCUGAGGGCCAUGGACCCCGAUGAGGGGGAUGCGGGCCGCUUGGACUACUCCAUGGAUGCCCUCUUCGACAGCCGCUCCAACAGCUUCUUUGCCAUUGAUCCCCAGACAGGAGCCGUAACCACAGCUGAAGAGCUGGAUCGAGAAACCAAAAGCACCCACGUGUUCCGGGUGACAGCGACAGACCACGGCAUACCGCGUCGCACAGCUCUCGCCACACUCACAAUCACUGUCAGUGACACCAACGAUCAUGAUCCUGUGUUUGAGCAGCAGGAGUAUAAGGAGAGCAUGAGGGAGAACCUUGAGGUUGGCUAUGAAGUGUUGACAGUGAGAGCAACCGAUGGCGAUGCCAGCCCCAAUGCCAACAUCCUGUACCGCAUCUUGAAUGGAAAUGGGGCCAACAGGAUCUUUGAGAUUGACCCCAAGUCUGGAGUCAUCCGCACCAAUGGCCUUGUGGACAGAGAAGCUGUGGAGUCCUAUCAGCUGAUUGUGGAGGCCAAUGACCAGGGCCGAGACCCAGGAGCACGUAGCAGCACGGCCACAAUUCAUAUUACAGUGGAAGAUGACAAUGACAACUCACCGCAGUUCAGUGAGAAACGUUAUGUUGUACAGGUACCUGAGAAUGUGGCCUCGAACACCCACAUCCUGCAGGUAAAUGCCACAGACAGGGACAAAGGCAGCAAUGCUAUGGUGCAUUAUAGCAUCAUGAGUGGUAACACUCGGGGACAAUUUUACAUAGAUGCCCAAAUAGGUAAUAUUGACGUAGUCAGCCAGCUUGAUUAUGAGAUGAAUAAGGAAUACACUCUUCGCAUUAGGGCUCAAGAUGGAGGAAGGCCUCCCCUUUCCAACAUUAGUGGGCUGGUGACCAUCCAAGUACUGGAUGUGAAUGACAAUGCCCCUAUUUUUGUUAGCACCCCUUUCCAGUCCACAGUGUUGGAAAAUGUACCUGUGGGCUAUUCUGUUAUUCACAUCCAAGCCAUUGACGCAGAUUCUGGGGAGAAUGCCCGACUUGAAUAUGCUCUGGUUGACAUGAGUCCCGAUUUCCCUUUUAUGAUCAAUAACAACACAGGAUGGAUUGUAGUGGCUUCUGGUUUGGACCGUGAAGCUGUGGACUUCUAUAAAUUUGGGGUUGAGGCCAGAGAUCAUGGUAGCCCUCCAAUGACUUCUUCAGCAAGUGUUAGUAUUACCGUUCUGGAUGUCAAUGAUAACAAUCCUGAAUUCACGCAAAGAGAAUAUACCAUGCGCCUCAAUGAAGAUGCAGCAGUGGGCACCAGUGUUCUUAUUGUCUCGGCCAUUGAUCGGGAUGUCAACAGCGUCAUCACCUACCAGAUCACAAAUGGGAAUACUCGCAAUCGCUUCUCCAUCACCAGCCAGAGUGGUGGUGGUCUCAUCACUCUGGCCCUACCCUUGGAUUAUAAAUUAGAGCGGCAGUACCUUCUUACAAUCACAGCGUCUGAUGGUACUCGGUUUGACACAGCUCAGGUCUUUGUUAAUGUAACUGAUGCUAAUACACAUCGGCCAGUGUUCCAGAGCUCCCACUACACUGUUAACAUCAAUGAGGACAGUCCAGUGGGUACUACUGUAGUUAUUAUCAGUGCUACGGAUGAAGAUACAGGGGAGAAUGCUCGUAUUACUUACUUCAUGGAAGACAGUAUUCCUCAGUUCAAAAUUGAUAUAGAUACUGGUGCUGUGACAACUCAGAUGGAAUUGGAUUAUGAAGACCAAGUAUCUUAUACUUUGGCAAUUACAGCUCGUGACAAUGGCAUCCCACAGAAAUCAGAUACCACCUAUCUAGAAAUAUUGGUUAAUGAUGUCAAUGACAAUGCACCUCAGUUUUUAAGGGAUAAUUACCAAGGAUCUGUCUAUGAAGAUGUACCUGGUUUCACAAGUGUCCUGCAGGUUUCUGCUACAGACAGAGACUCUGGAAUGAAUGGGAGAGUGUUCUAUACCUUUCAGGGAGGAGAUGAUGGUGACGGGGACUUCAUAAUUGAAACCACCUCUGGUAUUGUUAGGACGUUGCGUAGACUGGACAGGGAAAAUGUUCCACUCUAUGAGCUUAGAGCAUAUGCAGUUGAUAAGGGAGUACCGGCCAUGAGGACUCCAAUUGAUGUCCAUAUCACUAUUCUUGAUGUCAAUGACAACCCUCCUGUCUUUGAGCAUGAUGAGUUUGACAUCUUUGUGGAAGAAAAUAGUCCAAUAGGCUUAGUGGUGUCCCGAAUCACUGCCAGUGAUCCAGAUGAGGGUACCAAUGCUCAAAUUAUGUAUCAGAUAGUGGAAGGUAAUAUUCCAGAGGUCUUCCAACUUGAUAUCUUCUCAGGAGAGCUGACAGCACUGAUGGAUUUGGAUUAUGAGACCAAGUCUGAGUAUGUCAUAGUAGUCCAAGCUACUUCAGCUCCUCUGGUAAGCCGGGCUACUGUCCAUGUUCGUUUACUGGAUAAGAAUGACAACGUUCCAGUCUUGAAAAACUUUGAGAUCAUAUUCAAUAACUACAUCACCAACAAAUCCAGCAGUUUCCCCACUGGAGUGAUUGGCAAGAUCCCAGCCUAUGAUCCUGAUGUUUCUGAUAGUCUUACAUACAGUUUUGAGCAAGGCAAUGAAUUGAAACUUGUUCUCUUGAACCACAGUACUGGAGAACUACGUUUGAGCAGGGCCCUGGAUAACAAUAGACCUUUGGAGGCAACUAUGAGAAUUUCUGUAACAGAUGGGAUCCACAGUGUUGCUGCCCAAUGCAUGCUUCAGGUGACUAUUAUCACAGAUGAGAUGCUGACCAACAGUAUCACUUUGCGGCUGGAGAACAUGUCCCAAGAACGUUUCCUUUCACCACUUCUGGCUCUCUUUCUUGAAGGAGUAGCAACUGUGCUUUCUGCUCCCCGUGAUCAUGUUGUCCUUUUCAACAUCCAGAAUGACACGGAUGUUCAGGCUGCCCAAAUCCUGAAUGUUAGUCUGUCAGUACAAUUGCCGGAUAGAGUCCAUGGCAGCCAUUACAUUCCUUCAGAAGACCUCCAAGAACGACUGUACCUCAACCGGACCCUCUUGGCUGCUAUUUCAGAGCAGAGGGUCUUGCCUUUUGAUGAUAACAUUUGUUUGCGGGAACCCUGUGAGAAUUAUAUGCGUUGUGUCUCAGUGUUGAAGUUUGACAGCUCAGCACCCUUCAUUUCCUCCAACACUAUACUUUUCCGUCCUAUCCACCCUGUCAAUGGUCUGCGUUGCCGUUGCCCAUUGGGUUUUACUGGUGAUUAUUGUGAAACUGAGAUUGAUCUUUGCUACUCUAAUCCAUGUGGAAAUAAUGGACAUUGCCAAAGCCGGGAAGGAGGAUAUACUUGUGAUUGCCAAGACGGCUACACUGGAGAGAACUGUGAAAUGAAUUCCCGGUUGGGCCGCUGUACCCCUGGUGUCUGCAAGAAUGGUGGCACCUGUGUCAACCUGCUGGUGGGUGGUUUCAAGUGUGACUGCCUUUCUGGAGACUAUGAGAAGCCAUACUGUCAGAUGAACACCCGGAGUUUCCCGGGCCAUUCCUUCCUUACUUUUAAAGGGCUGCGCCAACGCUUCCAUUUCACCAUUGUUCUCACGUUUGCCACUAAGGAACGGGAUGGCCUUCUCCUCUACAAUGGGCGUUUCAAUGAACGGCAUGAUUUUGUUGCAUUGGAAAUCGUUCAAGAGCAAGUUCAGCUCACUUUCUCAGCAGGAGAAACCACAAGCACUGUUGCCCCAUUCAUUCCAGGAGGUGUGAGUGAUGGACAGUGGCACACCGUCCACCUGCACUAUUAUAACAAGCCUAUCCUGGGGACGUCUGGAAUUACACAGGGGCCUUCAGAUGAGAAAGUAGCUGUGGUGACAGUAGAUGACUGUGACACUUCAGUGGCCUUGAAAUUUGGCUCUAUUCUAGGAAACUAUUCCUGUUCAGCUCAAGGGACACAAUCAGGCACAAAGAAAUCCUUGGAUUUGACAGGUCCCUUAUUACUGGGUGGCAUUCCUGACCUUCCUGAAAGUUUCCCAGUACGGAAUCGGCAUUUUAUAGGUUGCAUGAGAGACUUCCUGAUUGAUAAUCAAGAUGUAGACCUGGCUGACUUCAUUGCAAAUAAUGGAACUUUGCCUGGCUGCUCUGCCAAGAGGAAUUUUUGUGAUACCAACACAUGCCAUAAUGGUGGAACUUGUGUCAACCAGUGGGAUACUUUCACCUGUGAAUGCCCCCUGGGUUUUGGAGGCAAGGACUGCAAACAAGAAAUGACAAGUCCUCAGCGUUUCUUGGGCAGCAGUAUGGUGAUUUGGAGUAAUUUGGCAUUGACCAUCACGCUUCCAUGGCACAUUGGACUUAUGUUUCGUACCAGGCAGAGCAAUGGUAUCCUCCUCCGUGCUGCAGCGGGGCAGCAUUCUACCAUCACACUUUGGUUAAAUGAAGGCACAGUGCUGAUGACCGUGUACCGAGCCAACAGCCAAAUUUCAGCACUGAGGCUACACCAGGUGAAAGUGAAUGAUGGUGACUGGCAUCACCUACAAUUGGAACUGCAUAGCAGCUGGGACAAUCCAGAAGCCCAGUGGUUAGCCAUAAUGGCUUUUGAUUACGGUUUGCACCAGGUGAUGGCCAACAUUAGUAGUGAACUUCGUGGACUAAAAAUGCGGAAUUUGAGUAUCGGUGCUGUACUGGGAGAGAAAGGAAACUUGCAGCAUGGAUUCCGGGGUUGCAUGCAGGGUGUAAGGAUGGGAGAGACAUCAGGCAGUGCUAUCGCCUUGAAUGUAAACCAGGCUGAGAAGGUGAACGUGCAGCAUGGCUGCAGUAUCCCAGACCCUUGUGACUCCAGUCCCUGUCCUCUCAAUAGCUACUGCAAUGAUGAUUGGGAUAGUUAUUCAUGCAGUUGUGAUCCAGGUUACUAUGGAGACAGCUGUGCCAACGUCUGUUCCUUUAACCCCUGUGAGCAUCAAGCCAUAUGUGUCCGCAAACCCAGCUCAUCCCAUGGCUACACCUGUGAGUGUCCCGACAGCUACUUUGGGCCAUACUGCGAGAACAAGUUAGCUCAGCCCUGUCCACGGGGAUGGUGGGGGCAUCCUAUAUGUGGCCCCUGCAACUGUGAUGUUGAUAAAGGAUUUGACCCCGACUGCAACAAAACUAAUGGAGAGUGCCACUGCAAGGACAAUCACUACCGUCCAACAGAUAGUGCCACAUGUUUCCUCUGUGACUGCUACCAUACCGGCUCAUUAUCUCGCACCUGUGAACCUGAGACUGGGCAGUGCUCCUGCAAGCCAGGUGUCAUUGGACGCCGCUGCGACCGCUGUGACAAUCCUUUUGCAGAAGUUACCAUCAGCGGCUGUGAAGUGAAUUACGAUAGUUGCCCACGUGCCAUUGAAGCUGAUAUUUGGUGGCCACGCACCCGCUUUGGUUUACCUGCAGCUGCACCUUGUCCUCGGGGAUCUGUAGGGACUGCUGUACGGCACUGUGAUGAACACAAGGGCUGGCUGGCACCCAAUCUUUUCAACUGCACCUCACUGACUUUUGCUGUUCUCAAAGAUUUUGCAGAAAGAUUACUGCGGAAUGAAUCAUUUUUGGAUACAGAGCAGUCUCAGCGGGUAGCUCUACAGCUUCGCAACGCUACACAAAACACUGAGAGCUUCUUUGGCAGUGAUGUCAAAGUGGCUUUUCAGCUCUUAGCUCAACUUCUGAAGCAUGAAAGCAACCAAGAAGGCUUUGGCUUGGCGGCUACCCAGGAUGUUCACUUCACUGAGAAUUUGCUUAAGGUAGGCAGUGCUUUACUGGACAACAGCAACAAGCAUCACUGGGAACUGAUCCAACAGACAGAAGGUGGCACAGCGCAGCUGCUCAGACACUUUGAGGACUAUGCAAGCACUCUGGCCCAGAACAUGCGCAAGACAUACUUGAACCCAUUUACCAUCAUCACACCCAACAUUGUUAUUUCGGUGGUGAGGUUAGAGAAAAUGAACUUUGCUGGUGCCAAACUGCCCCACUAUGAAACACUCCGUGGUGAGAAACCGGCCGACAUAGAAACUACUGUCAUCCUGCCUGAAAGUGUAUUCAAGGCUCCAGAAGGCAAACGUGAUGCCAAACAUUUGCCGGGCACCAAUGAGGAAGAAGAACAUGCCCUUAUGACAAGACAGAAAAGACAUCCAGAUCUAAGUGAGGGCCAGGCCAUUGCCAGUGUGAUCAUCUACCGCAACCUGGCAAGUCUGCUUCCAGAGCAGUAUGACACAGAUAAAAGGAGUCUAAGAGUCCCCAAGCGUCCUAUCAUCAACACCCCAGUGGUGAGCAUCAACAUCCAUGACAAUGACGCAUUGAUGCAACGUGCCCUUGAGAAACCCAUCACUGUGCAAUUUCGGAUGUUGGAAACUGAGGAGCGGACCAAGCCUAUUUGUGUCUUCUGGAACCACUCCAUCCUGGUCAGUGGAACUGGUGGCUGGUCAGCUAAAGGCUGUGAGGUGGUCUUCAGGAAUGAAACCCAUGUCAGCUGCCAGUGUAAUCAUAUGACCAGCUUUGCGGUACUGAUGGACAUUUCCCGCAGAGAGAAUGGUGAGAUCUUACCCCUGAAGACGAUCACAUAUAUCUCCAUUGCUGUGACACUGGGCAGCCUCCUGCUUACUUUCCUCUUCCUGGCUGGGUUGCGAACUCUGCGAUCCAAUCAACAAAGCAUCCGCAAGAACCUAGUGAUUGCGCUAUUUUUUUCUGAACUUGUCUUCCUACUGGGCAUCAACCAGGCUGAUCUGCCAUUUGCUUGUACUGUCAUUGCCAUCCUGUUGCACUUUCUGUACAUGUGUGCCUUUGCCUGGGCAUUGCUAGAAGCAUUGCAUAUUUACCGCAUGCUGAGUGAAGUGCGAGACAUCAACUAUGGCCCAAUGCGCUUUUAUUAUAUGGUUGGAUGGGGUGUGCCAGCAUUCAUCACAGGACUUGCUGUGGGUCUGGAUCCUGAAGGGUAUGGGAACCCAGACUUUUGUUGGCUCUCCAUCUAUGAUACCCUGAUUUGGAGCUUUGCUGGUCCCAUUGCUUUUGCUGUUGCAAUGAGUGUCUUCCUCUAUGUUCUGGCCACCAAGGCUACUUGUGCAGCUCAACAGCAAGGUUUUGAGAAGAAGGGGACAGUCUCCGGUCUACGGUCGGGCUUCAUCUCUCUGCUGAUCAUGAGUGUCACUUGGUUGCUGGCUUUGCUGUCCAUCAACAGUGAUGCCAUCCUCUUCCACUAUCUCUUCGUGGGCUUCAACUGCUUCCAGGGACCCUUAAUCUUUCUCCUCUGUGUCAUCUUAUCUAAAGAAGUGAGGAAGGCUCUCAGAUCUAUUUGUGGAAAGAAGCACAGCACUGAUCCUACACUCACUACCAAAUCUACCUUGACAGCAGCUUAUAUUUGCAACAAUACCUAUGUGGAUGGGCAGUUGUACCAUACGCCAUUUGGGGACUCCACUGGUUCCUUGCAUAGCACUGUCCGCUCAGGCAAGAGUCAGCACAGCUACAUCCCUUUUGUGCUCAGGGAGGAGUCUGGCUUGAACAAUAGCCAGGUACACAUUGGGCCUGCAGAUCCCAGUUCUUUGUUCUUGGAAGACAAGGAUCAGAACAAUGAACGUGAUACCGAUUCAGACAGUGACCUUUCCCUGGAGGAUGACCAGAGUGGUUCCUUUGCUUCCACCCAUUCUUCUGACAGUGAGGAGGAGGACGAAGAAUUUCCCAAGGAACCCUGCUGGGAGAACUUAUUGUGUCCUAACAAUGAGAAGCUGCCAACACUUAGCACUCCAAAGGAUAACAUCUCUGGACCUGGAAAACCUUAUUGGCCGGGUGACUUUGUAACCACUGCCAGUGAGAGCGAUGGCCACCCUGGCUCAGAGUUGCUGCGUGUAGAACCAAUGGGUAAGAAUGACCGGCUGGGACUGACAGAGGAGUUGGCCAGAGAGAAUGGAGAGGGCAUCUUGGGCUCACUGCCUCAUCCCACUGCUCAGCCCCAGAAAGGCAUUUUAAAGAAAAAAUACCUGCCACCCAUCAGUGAGAAGAGCAGCAUCCAGCGCAUCCAUAACAAGCUGUCCAGCUGCCGCUCAGGGAUGGUAUCAUUGCAUGGUUCUUCGGGGAGCGAUGGCAGCCGUGGGGGUGGGAUACCCCGACCCCGACAGACCCUACAGGAGCAGCUCAAUGGCCUUACACCUAUCACCAUGAGCAUAAAGACUGGCACAGUGGACGAGGACUCUUCAGGCUCCGAAUUUCUGUUUUUUAAUUUCCUCCAUUAA